AAUUGAAGAGUAUAAAAAGAAAGCAAAGUACUCCUACUUUUAUUUUUUAUAUAUAAAAAAUUUUGAGUCUGCUAAAUUAGUGAGCUGUGCUAUGAGCUUCUUUUGUUCAUAAAACAAAUUCCCCUCACAUGGUUUCUCCUGCUAUCCCAUAAAUCUCACUACCCUUACAAAUAUUCUCCUUUCUUCAUCCAUACUUUUUUUUUAAAACAUUCAUACAUCAAACAUUUCUUCGUCUUCAGUCUGACUAUCAAUCUAUAACCUUGAAACAAAAAAAAUAUGAAGGAAUAACUAUUACAGAUGAUGAGGAGAUGAGGGCAACAUCUAUACUUCUAUAUUUCUCCAUUUUCUUCUUUACUAUAAUACACAACUCUUUUAGCCUUACUUCAGAUGGUACUAUCCUCCUUUCUUUCAAAUCCUCCAUACUAAAUGACCCUUUACACGUCCUAGACUCAUGGAACAUCUACGAUGAGACGCCAUGUUUUUGGCAUGGCGUCUCUUGUAGUGCUUUUAAUUUUACGUUAUUAGGUCCGAGCGAUGCUCCUCGUGUUAUAGGAGUGUCCCUUCCUAGUAGUCAACUUUUAGGAUCAUUACCUAUUGAAUUUGGACUUUUAGACCAUCUUCAAACACUUAAUUUAUCUUUUAACUCUAUCAAUGGCUCAAUUCCUAACUCGAUAUUUAGCUUACCUGAUCUUCGUGUUUUUGAUGUGUCGGAUAAUUUAAUCUCCGGUGAAGUUGUGGAGUCUAUUGGAGGGUUACGUAGUUUGGAAGUGUUUGACGUUUCCGAAAAUGCCCUUGAUGGGAAUAUUCCGAGGAAUCUUGGAACAUUAAGAAAUUUAAGUAUGGUUUCUUUUAAAGGAAAUUAUAUUUCCGGAAGUAUUCCGGGUGGGUUCAACCGGGUUCGGUUCAUGGAUUUAUCGUCCAAUUUAUUAAACGGUUCACUACCCGUUGAUUUUGGUGGAGAGAAAAUACAGUAUUUGAAUAUUUCAUAUAACCGGAUUUCCGGCGAUAUUUCUCCGGUUUUCGGUAAUAAAAUACCAGAAAAUGCGACUUUGGAUUUUUCUUUUAAUAAUUUAACGGGUGAAAUUCCGGAUUCCAAUGUGUUUCUUUCUCAGGAGAGAGAAUCCUUCGCCGGUAAUCCGGAUCUUUGUGGGCCCCCAUCAAGAAGCCCAUGUCCAAUCCCUUCAAGCCCAACAGGGCUUCCGGUGGACUCUUUUCAGCCCAUUCCACCUCCCGCCAUAGCCGCCAUUCCUAAAAGCUUUGCAAGCUCUCCAGAGAAUAAUAACCCAGUGGGCCCCCAUGAAAGCCCACCAAAGAAAAGUCAUGGGCUUCAACCACAUAUAAUUGCUGCCAUAGUAGUUGGUGAUUUAACAGGUAUUGCAAUAUUAGUCAUGAUUUUUCUCUACGCUUGUAAGAGAAAAAGUAGUAAUAAAAAUAAUAAUAAUAAUAAUAUUACUACUAGUGGCAAAACUGUAAAUACAAAAAGUCCAGCUUCUGUAGCAACACCUGCAAGAGGAGGAAGAAGAUCAGAUGAUUAUUUAUCAUCAACUUCAAUUUCAUCUUCAUCAUCAGAGUCUAAAGGUAUAGGUAAAUGGUCUUGUUUAAGAAAAGAAAAAAGCGACAGCGACGACGAUGAAGGCGACGAAGAAAGCGCGUCAGAGGAGAGAGAAAAUGAGCGUAGAGAUCAUCAUCAGCAGCAAGGGCAGCUAGUAACUGUUGAUGGAGGAGGAGGAGAAACAAAAGCGUUGGAGUUAGAAACGCUUUUAAAAGCGUCAGCUUAUAUUUUAGGCGCAAGUGGUACAAGUAUAAUGUAUAAGGCUGUUUUAGAAGACGGCACCGUUUUAGCAGUUAGAAGAGUUGGGGAAUCUAAUAGUGUUGAGAAGUUUAAGGAUUUUGAAGGUAAUGUUCGAGCAAUUGCUAAGUUGGUCCAUCAAAAUUUGGUUAAGAUUCGGGGUUUUUACUGGAGUUUUGAUGAAAAGUUGAUGAUUUAUGAGUAUGUUUCUAAUGGCAGCCUUGCUAACGUCCGUUACAGAAAAACAGGGUCUUCACCGUGUCACAUACCAUGGGGUGUUCGGCUGAAAAUAGCGAAAGGGGUAGCCCGUGGGCUAAAUUAUAUCCAUGAAAAGAAGCACGUACAUGGUAACCUCAAGCCUAACAACAUACUCCUUGACGCAGAUAUGGAGCCGAAGAUUAGUGAUUUUGGGCUUGAAAAACUUACUACGGGUAAAUUUGGGUAUAUACCCGGCGGAUCAACACGUCAUUUUGGUAGCAAAAGAUCCACAGCUUCAAGGGACAGUUUCCAAGACAUCUCAUUAGGUGCUACUCCAAGCCCAAGUGGUAGCUCAAUUGGGUGUGUCUCACCUUACCAUCCACCCGAAUCAUUACGAAGCCUAAAGCCGAGUGCAAAAUGGGAUGUGUACUCGUUUGGGGUGGUAUUACUCGAAUUACUAACCGGAAAGGUUGUAAUAUCAGAUGAACUUGGCCCUCCCGUUUUAGCCGGGUUGGCAGUUGGGUUAGAGGAUCGGACACGGAUGCUUAAGAUGGCGGACCCUACAAUUCGAGGUGAUUUAGAAGGUAAAGAGGAGGCUUUAUUAAGUUGUUUAAAGUUAGGGUAUAAUUGUAUUUCACAUGUUCCACAAAAGAGACCCUCAAUGAAAGAAGUGCUCCACGUUCUAGAAAAGAUAGCAACUUCACCUUCAACACCAUCAUCAUCAUCAUCAUACUAUCAUGGUCCCUAGAUUUAUAUUUGCUACUAAUGUAUGGCUGACCUCACUUGAUCCAUACCAAAGCAUUGUAGAUUAUUAUUAAGAGAUAAAUUAAAAGAGUUACGUUGUAUGUAUGAUUGACUUACAGGUUGUACUUUUUUUCUUUUUCCUCUUUGCUUUUUGUUCAUCUUUUCAGAUAGUUUUUUUUUUUAAUGAUUUGCAUUUCUAUUCUAUCAAUUAGUGGAGUUGUUUGUGAUGUAACUGUCUUUCUUUUGGCCGUUGGCUAGCAACAUUACUAGAUCGUGUUGCGUGAUGCAACUCAUCAUUUUUUUUAAUUUCUUCUCCUAGGCUCCUAACUACCUCGCUUAUUCCUUGUACAGAAAAUCAUGUUUUUAAUUAUUUUGUUGAAUAUCCUAAUGCUCAGAA